CUUUUUAACCGCUAAAGUCGCCAUGAUUGUCGUCCUGUCAAAAUCCAAAUAAUGAGUAAUACCGCGGAGCCCUGACAGCUACGCGGGGGUCGCUAGCGGACCGUGCGGGGACUAGCUUGCUCGCCCGAGCCCAGUGAUGUGCUUUGGUGUGGGGGAGGAAAAAGGGGGAGAAAAAAAAAGCCAGCUACCAGCCAGAUAAACACUCACAGCGGUGGCUUGCGGACUAGCAAGGAGUAACAUGGCGGCGGCACUGUUAGCCAGCACAAAUGUUGUUUCACUGCCGCGAAGGUCAGCCUUGUCUGUGACACACGGAAACUAACAGCGAGGAGUCGAGUGUUAAAUCCAAAGGGGAGAGAGAAGUGGAUGAUGCUUAGAGCUUUCCUGAUGUUGCCGUCUUGCAGCGAUGGCCUGAGGGACUCUGUGCACUGAAACCAAGAGGCUGAUAUGCUUUGAGGAUGAGUGGCGUCGGGGAAAGCUCAUCUGACCCUGCAAGGGCAGAGUUACGGAAACGUAAAGAAUGUUCGGCUGAACUUCUUGGACCCAGUCCCAAGCGGAGCAACGAGAAGCGCAACCGCGAGCACGAGAACAAAUACAUAGAAGAGCUAGCGGAGCUGAUCUUCGCCAACUUCAACGACAUUGACAACUUUAACGUCAAGCCCGACAAAUGUGCAAUCCUAAAGGAAACUGUGAAGCAGAUCAGACAGAUAAAGGAGCAAGAGAAAGCGGCCGCAGCCAAUGAGGAGGAGGUACAGAAGUCCGAUGUGUCAUCGACGGGCCAGAGUGUGAUUGACAAAGAUGCCUUGGGACCAAUGAUGCUGGAGGCCCUGGACGGUUUCUUCUUCGUGGUGAACAUGGAGGGCAACAUCGUAUUUGUGUCUGAGAACGUGACCCAGUAUCUGCACUACAACCAGGAGGAGCUGAUGAACACCAGCGUCUACAGCGUGCUGCACGUCGGGGAUCACGCCGAGUUCAUUAAGAACCUGCUGCCCAAAUCCCUCGUGAACGGCGUGCCCUGGUCCAGCGAGGGUCCGAGACGAAACAGUCACACCUUCAACUGCCGCAUGCUGGUGAACCCCCACAGCGAGAACCAGGACGAGCAGCACGAGCACGAGCAGCAGCAGCAGCAGAAAUACGAGACCAUGCAAUGCUUCGCCGUCUCGGAACCCAAGUCCAUCAAGGAGGAAGGAGACGAUUUCCAGUCGUGCCUGAUCUGCGUGGCUCGCAGGGUCCCCAUGAAGGAGAGACCCAUGCUUUCGACACAUGAGAGCUUCACCACACGCCAAGACCUACAAGGGAAGAUAACAUCCCUGGAUACCAGUCUGCUACGGGCCUCCAUGAAGCCAGGCUGGGAGGACCUGGUGCGGCGUUGCAUCCAGCGUUUCCACCUGCAGAACGACGGAGAAAUGUCCUUCGCCAAACGCCAUCAGCAGGAAGUGCUGCGCCACGGCCAGGCAUUCAGCCCCAUCUACCGCUUUUCCCUCUCGGACGGAACCAUUGUGUCAGCCCACACGAAGAGCAAAUUGGUGCGCUCGCAUGCCACCAACGAACCUCAGCUCUACAUGUCUCUGCACAUUCUGCAGAGGGAGCAGACAGUAUGCGGAAUGGGCCAGGACAUGGGUCCUGGCACUCAGGCCACAGGGAUGGCUCCCAAGCCAAUGAACUCCUCCACUCCCUCCAUGACCCCCCCAACACCGGGCAGUUUGCCAGGCUCGGGACCUCAGGGCCAGGACACGACCAUCAGCAGCAACAGCACGCCUUUCUCCCCUCCGGGCCCCGCCGGCCCCAGAGAACCAGCCGCCUUAGGGGGGGGACACAUGCAGGCCUACCGUCAAGGCUGCCCCCAACCACACAGCCACACCGGAGGAAUGCAACCUCCCCAGCAGGGCCAGAACUGGAGAAUAAACAGUCCCUCUCGUGCCAGUCCCAGCCCGGCCGGUGGACCCCAUGCGCCUCAGCAGAACUCGAUGCUCUCCCCCAGGCAUCGUGGGAGUCCUGGCGGGGCAGGAAGCCCACGUGUAGCAGGAGGGCUCCACUCGCCGUCCCCGGUGGGGAUGUGCGGGGGUGGGCCUGGUGGUGCAGGUGGUAGCGCAAUAAGCACCCACGCCAACAGCUACACGAGCAGUUCCCUGUCAGCCUUGCAGGUUCUAAGCGAGUGCCAUGGUGUAGGACACGGGCACGGCCCCCCUCAUGCACACACACUGGGGUCGCCAGAUCGGAGGAUAGGCUCUCCGGCAAGUGUCACACCCGGAUCCGGUGUAAACACUCAUCUCAUGUCAAAACUCGGCGCAGGGGGAACUAGCGGUACAGCGGAUUCGUUUGGGCCUCAUACAGAAGCGGGGCAAGGGGGGCACACCCCAGGUCAAACAGAAAGCAACAUUGUUGAACCUAAGGACGAGAGGGAGGGGCCACUUGAGGGCCACGAUGCUCACAGUCGUCUCCAUGACAACAAGGGACACACUAAGUUACUACAACUUCUCACUACAAAACCAGAGCCUCUGGAGACCCCCUUGUCUCCGACUGCAGGAGGCGAUGGGAAGGACCAGGCUGGGACUGGGGUCCGAGGUGGUCAUUCUGGAGGAAGUACUCACACCACCUCUCUUAGAGAAAAACACAAAAUCCUCCACCAACUCCUUCAGAACAGCACGUCUCCCGUGGACCUGGCUAAGCUCACCGCGGAGGCCACCGGUAAGGAGCUGGGGCAGGAGCAAGGCCAAGGUGCUUCUGGGGGAGAAAUCACCCCAAAACAGGAACCCUUGAGCCCCAAGAAGAAGGACAAUGCUCUACUCCGCUACCUCCUGGAUAAGGAUGACACGGCGCUGAAGGACAAGGUUCCUAAGCUGGAGCCGGGCGAGGUGAAGGUGGAAGUCGGGAAACAUCCGCUUGUUAAAACGGAGAAACAAGAUGUCGGAUACGACCAAGCUGAGCAGUCGUCGGAGCUGGACGACAUCUUGAAUGACCUGCAGAGUGCUCAGCCGCAGCUCUUUUGUGAGCCCCGGCCCGUGUCGCUGCCCAGCCCCAUGGACAAACAGAACAUCAUCAAUGACUUCCUGCAGAUGUCCGAGAGCAAUCCCGCUGUCGCGGCGCAACAGCAGCACAGGAGCGUUGGCGUUGGCGGCGGCGGUGGCGGUGUUGGCGGCGGCAUGGGUCCAACUAAUUUCGGGGGUGUCCGACCGGGUCAACCAGGCAGGGGUGUGCCGGUACGGAGCGUCUCUCUGGAUAUGAACACGUCCCCGCAGUACCCCAUCAGGACCACAAGCCCGUACACCCUCAUGCAACAGCAACAACAGCAGCAGCAACCGCAGCAGCAAGGCAUUGUGGGAGGCCACGGCAUCAUGGCUAAUCAGGCCAACAUGGUCGCCACAGGGCUCAUGGGUCCAGGCGGGCCUCGGCCGGGCAUGCAGCAGCAGGAAAGCUGGGCAGGCUCGGGUUCGGCUCCUCCACUCGGAACCCCCGGCCCCGCGCAGCCGGGUUCCAUGCAGGGCAGAAUGGGCCCCAACGGUGGUGCGCCCAUGAGACCCGGCAGCCAACCACCAGGGCCCCGGCAAAUGCUCCAGUCAUCGAUGAUGCCCACUGCCCAACCUGACAUGGACAUCAGUAUGGUGGGCCAUUUCUCGCAGCAGCAGGCUCCGCCCAAUCAGACGGCGCCAUGGCCAGACAGCAUGAUGCCCAUUGACCAGACGGCUUUUGUGAGCCAGAACAGGCCGCUUCACUCAACGCCUCAAGAUGACCUCCUGUGUAAUAUGGGCCUCAGUAGCGGCGACGGCAGCGCGGUGGAUGAGGGUGCACUCAUGUCCCAACUCUACACCGCACUAAAGGAUUUUGACGGCCUUGAAGAACUUGACCGCGCCCUCGGCAUCCCUGCUCUGAUAGAACAGAACCAGACACUAGACCAGGACCAGUUCCCGCAGGACCCGUCCAUGAUGUUGGACCAGAAGCCCCCCAUGUACGCACAGCAGUUCGGUUCGCCUCAGUCCCACAUGGCCCAGAGGGGCUACCCAGGGGCACCCAUGCAGGAGACGGGAUUCCAUCCCAUGUCUGGUCAGAUGGGUCCUCGGCCAGGUUACCCCAUGAUGAGGAUGCAGGCCCGGCCCGGACUCAGGCCUGGGGGUGUCGGCCCCAACCAGCCUAACACGCUACGGCUACAGCUUCAGCACCGACUCCAGUCACAGCAAAACCGACAGCCAAUGAUGACUCAGAUGAGCAGCGUUUCUAACGUCAAUCUACCGCUCAGAUCCAACGCUCCAAACCAGGGGACCAUCAACGCUCAGAUGUUGGCGCAGCGUCAGCGGGAACUCCUGAGCAACCACCUGAGACAGCGACAGCAGCAGCAGCAGCAGGUCCAGCAAGCCCAGCAGGUCCAGCAGCAGCAGCAGCAGCAGAGGAGCAUGGCCAUGCGGGCCCAGGGACUCAACCUGCCGCCCAACAUGAGUAACCCGCGGAUCCCCCAGACCAACCCCCAGCAGUUCCCCUACCCGCCCAGCUACGGUACCGGUACAGGCCUGGCCUCGCCACCUCCGCCUACCAGCCCCUUCUCCUCCCCUCUCUCCCCCAGCCUGUCGUCUCUUCCCUCCAACCCCCAGCUCCACUUGCAUGGCACCUCCUCCUCUUCCUCCACCUCCUCCUCCUCCCAGAUGAUGAUGGGAAACACAAAUAUGAUGGGCGGACAGUACGGGGCCGUACUCAGCCCCCAAAUGCAGCACAGUGCCUUUCAGUUUCCCAACUCAGGUAUGAACCAACAGGCAGACGGAGGCUUUGGUGGUCCUGGUGCACCGCAGAGCCCCCUGCUGUCUCCCCGCAUGGCCCACGCACAGUCCCCGAUGAUGCAGCAAGGCCAGGGGAACGCCUCUUUCCAAGCCUCGCCUGAUAUUAACGGCUGGCCGCAGGGCAGCAUGGGAGGGAACAGUAUGUUCUCCCAGCAGCAGACGUCCCCCCAGUUCACCCAGCAGCAGAAUAACGGCAGCAUGUACAACGGCAGCGGCAUGAACCUGAACAAUGUCCCCAUGGUCACCAGCAGCAUGGGUCAGAUGGCCGGACAGAUGAGCGUCACGUCCAUGGCCUCGCCCGGCUUGCCCUCCAUGGGACAAGAACAGAAAUACUGUUGACCCCCAUUGAGUUGUCUACCCUAACCCCCGGACCUCAGCGAUCAGCUGGAGCAAAAAUUGUAUACAAACACGUAAGCCCGCCCCCCCACCUCUCCCAUGUUCAAGGUUCACCCCCCCCCCCCCCCUUUUUCCGCCUGUCCGGCUGCAUUCACCGUAGUGUGACUUACUGUAGGCCCGGGUUCUUCAUGAAUGUAUCCUCUCAGCGGACUGCGGCCAUUUACAAUCUCGUCUCAAAAAAAAAAAAAAAAAAAAAAAAAAAACAUUGGCGUCCCCCCCCCUUACCCCACGUCUAAGUUAGAAAUUACGCAAAAACUUUUAGCCGGUUUUGCCUUUUUUUUUUUUUUUUUUUUAAGCUCUUCUUUUUUUUCUAUAUUAUUGUUACUUACUCGCGGGUGUCGGGACAGGAAGUUGAUCUUGAAAAAAAAAAACACUGCAGAAGAAGAGUAGAAGAGUAAGAGUGAUGUGAGGUUUAUAUAGUGUAUUAAAUUAAGUUUUAUUUUUCUGUAUAGAUUUAAUGAAUAAUUCCUGUAGAUGGCUUUAUUAUCCUCGUAGCAUCCGAGAAGAGAAUAUUCUUUAAAAAAAAAAAAAAAAGUGUUGCGAAAAAAGGCACUUUUUUUUACAUGAAUUUUAAUAUUCUUUCUGAGAAGACUCGUCUGUGAACCUAAAUAUUUGGGUCCGAUCCUUUCAGAAAAAAAUUAAUUGAAAGAUGAAUUGUACAUAACGAUAAUAAGUAAAAGCUUUUUUUUUUUCUCUAUUUAUUUGAUUUUUUUUUCUUCCCGGUACGAUGCAGACUGGGUAUGUGUGUGUGUGUGUGUGUGUGUGUGUGUGUGUGUGUGACAUUGGGAAGUGUUGCUGUGUAUACAGUGUACAGAUAUCGCUUUGCUUCUCUGCCUUUAGCAUAGAACACCACCAAACAGGAAAAAAAAAAAAACUAAAAAAAAAAAAACCAAGAUAACACAGCCAUAAAUAACUUUUAAAAGUGUGCUUUCUAUGUUGUAUGGAGUGAAAAACGCUUUCUACAAGCUGCUAGGUGCAAACUGUUUCUGGUGUGAUGUAAACAAGCAAUAACUUGAGAAUCUUGGGGUUAUUAUUAUUAUUAUUUUUUUUUUUGUAAUUUUUUUGUAUAUAAUAAUAAUAAAAAGGACACCUUUUUGCGCCACGUUUUUUGGAUGCAGUAUUAAAUACCGUUUUGGUUUGUUUUUUUAAUUGCAGUUUGUACCAAGAACUACACACACACACACACACACUGAAUUUUAGAUUAUGCAGCAAGGCGCCCCCCC